CUUAUCCGUCAGGAUCUAUACGCAGUCCGAUUCCCGCAAGUUCUGGAGGCGAGUCCACCGGUCCCGAACUACUCGUGCCGCGAGCCAACCAAGGGCCUUCGCGCUCACCCGGGCUGAGCUCCGAGCGCGGCCCAGCGCGCCCUCGAAAACCGCCCAUGACGCGUCGCGCAUCUUCCAGUGCGCAAGGCCGGAGUUACCGGGGCGAGGUUUUCUCCGUCGACGAUGGCAUCGCCGAGGUCGAAGCCGACGCCGCAGAGAGGCAGCAGAACUACGGGUCAACACUCCGGAGACGACCACCCGCGCUUUCGAGGAUCCAUUCGUCACACGACAACGAUGGUACGGCCGAAGGACCUGACGACCCGGUCGACCAGAUCGACAGCGACCCGACCGACGGGACUGGCGAGAACACAACGGGGGAUGACCUUGCCGAGGACUCGCCGCCGGUGGACGAGGACGGUGAGGUCAGCGAAGCUGAGAGUUUCACGCUGAAGGACCGCCAGCAGGCCAUCAAUCAGACGCACCCGUUUGGCAUCAGGCUGUGGAAGCCAGCGCUGUACAGGAAGAGCCGAUCGGUGCAGAAGAACGCCGAGGGCGAUAUCCACUCGUCGCCCGGGGGCCAUGUCAGCAACUGGUUGCUAUUCUUCAACCUCUUGUGGACGUUUGCCUUUGGCUGGUGGAUGGCUCUCAUCGCGUUCGUGGGUGCCGUCAUCUGCUUUCUCUUUGCUGCCGCGCCCGGAGGGCGUGAGUAUGGCCGCGUCCUAUGGGGUCUGUCGGGCUACCUCUUCUAUCCCUUUGGUGGCAAGUUUGUCCGGCUGGAGCAGCAGGAAGCCUACCUGGACGAGGACGAGGGUGAGGGUCGCAGCAUCAGCGAGUACGAGCAGUGGCAGAGCGGAGACCUGGAGUAUGGGCGUCUGUUCUUUGGGCCCGAGGGAAGCCGAUCCAUUGUCGGGCGGUCUCGGCGCAGUAUCGACUCGGAACCGGACGAGACUGAGAGCCUGCUCGGCAGAGGACGCGGGCGGGCGCUCGAUGACCACUUCCGCCGGAACAAGCGGAGAUUGUUUGGACGCGGAGAAUGGAAUGUUGGCCGCGCCAUCUUCUUCGCCUUCUUCUAUUUCCUGAUCACACCCUCCCUGUUUAUCGUGUCCGGCAUCUGCUGGCUGCUGGUGUUCUCGAUCCCCAUGGGCAAGGUUACGAUGCUCCUGUUCUCUCACCUCCGACGACACCCCCUGGCUCUGUGGUUCGAGUCCGACACUGUCUCUGCUCGUGCGCCGACGGCGCCGCAUUCUUCCAUCUUAGUCUGCACCUAUCGGGCUGUUGGCAUCAAGUACUGGAAGUACACCAUCGACGGAACCAACAUCUUCCUCAUCAACCUCAUGGCCGUCGUGGUCUUUGUCAUCUUUGACUGGCUCGUCCUGGACGGGGUUCUACAUCUCGAGAACUUCCUCACCUCGCCCGCCUUCCUCUUCGUCUCGGGACUCUUGUCUAUCAUACCGCUUGCCUACUUCAUCGGCCAGGCCGUGGCGUCCAUCUCAGCCCAGUCAUCCAUGGGACUCGGCGCGGCCAUCAAUGCCUUCUUCUCCACCGUUGUCGAGGUCUUCCUGUACUGCGUCGCGCUGCAGCAGGGCAAGGGUCAGCUCGUCGAAGGCAGCAUCGUUGGCAGUAUUUUUGCCGGUAUCCUCUUCCUCCCCGGCUUAUCGAUGUGUUUCGGAGCCAUCAAGCGCAAGACACAGCGCUUCAACGCCAAGUCAGCUGGUGUGACCUCCACCAUGCUGCUCUUCGCUGUCAUUGGGGCUUUCGGCCCAACGCUCUUCUACCAGAUCUACGGUACUCACGAGCUAACGUGCCAGGACUGCACCAACUUUGACCAGCCCAAUGUCGGCGGAGGGGCUCUCCGGGAUUGCCGACGCUGCUAUUUCUCGCAGACGCCUGCUCUCAACGACCGCUUCUACCUCCAGGCGGUUCGCCCGUACUGCUAUAUGGCCGCCAGCAUGCUGUUUCUGUCGUAUAUCAUCGGCCUCUGGUUCACCUUGCGCACUCAUGCCGCCGUCAUCUGGAAUAUCGAGAUUGAGGAGAAGAAGCAUGAAGACCACAUCACCCCCCACAACACGCCUCGCCCCCCGGGCAAUCCGUCCGUCGGCGACACUACCGGCGCCGAUAUCCGGGAUUCGCACCUCUACAAGCGCAUCCUAGGUCAGUCUCUCAGGCAGGUCGGCCAGUUACCCCGGUCGGACGAGCCAUCGCGGCAGAGCACACCGCUUAUUGGGAGUGGAGGAGUGAACGGCACGCCACACGUAGUGCCGCCCAAGCCCCCAAGCUACGGCAGCACCGAGACCUCGCGCAGCGGCCCAACCAUCAGCAUACCCGGGCUAUCGGAAGCGGAGAACAGCAAUCUUGUCCAGCAGGUUGCCGAGAUCGCGGCGACGGCUGCCACUGUGGCCGCACGAAACGUCCAGGGCUCCAGACGCGGCCCGCCCGGUUCCAUCUCGACGGUGGCCGCGGCCCAUACGUCAGCACCUGGCAGCCGCUCUGGGCCGAUCCGUAGCGCUGCCCUGUUCCCGGAGCAGGAGGAGACGGCGGGGACAGCCGGAAGUACACAGGCUCACGGCGGCCACGAUGCGCCCAACUGGAGCCGGCUCAAAAGCGCCAUCAUCCUGAUGGGCGCGACGGUGCUGUACGCCGUCAUCGCCGAGAUCCUGGUCGACACGGUGGACGUGGUGCUCGAGAGCUUCGACAUCGACGAGAAGUUCCUGGGCAUCACGCUCUUCGCGCUGGUGCCCAACACGACCGAGUUCCUCAACGCCAUCUCGUUCGCCAUGAACGGCAACAUCGCCCUCUCGAUGGAGAUCGGCUCCGCGUACGCGCUGCAGGUCUGCCUCCUGCAGAUCCCCGCCCUCGUGCUCUUCUCGGCCGUCCGCACGCUCUCCCCCGCCAUCCCACCGCAGGACGUCGCCCACUACACUUUCAGUCUGCUCUUCCCGCAGUGGGACAUGGUCACCGUCAUCCUGUGUGUGUUCUUGCUCAGCUACAUGUACGGCGAGGGCAAGAGCAACUACUUCAAGGGCAGCAUCCUGCUGCUCAGUUAUCUUGUGGUGGUCAUCGGCUACUACUUCAGCGGGUUCGGCACCAGUCUUGACAGCGACGCGCGCGGCGUCAGCCGGUUUGACACGCUGGCCAGCGACGGGCAGUGGAUGAGUUAUGGCUUUAAGACAGUCGGGAGGCGCGCGUCGGGGGUUGCGUUUUGAGUGGGUUUUGUGUGUGUUGUUCUUGACUCUCCUGGGGAAUUGGGUGUAUUUGGAUGGCUUCCAAAUUGUUGGUUAAUGCAGUGGUUGAGAGGAAGUUACCUAGGGGCUUGACUUCGCUUGCA